AUGUGGGUACUCGAGUCGGAUGGAGAUCUGCUCGAAGGGAAACGUGUUUGGCUGAAGCCGGGGAAGAAAUACCUUUUCGGUCGCAUCAAGUCAGAAGGAGUCCGUCAUGUCAUCCAACAUCAGUCCAUAUCGAGAAAGCAUUUGGUGAUCGAAGUUUCGCCAGUACAGCCUGGCGACGGAGCGCACGUGCACAAAAAGUCAAAGCUUACAGUCACCGACCAAGCAUCAAAAUGUGGAACGACUGUCGACGGCGUGCAGAUUAAAGGGUCAAGCUCAGUUCUGACCGAGGAUGAACAUGCGAUUCAACUGGGAAAAUAUUCACAAGCACUGAAGAUAAAGUGGCAUCCCGUCGUACUCAGUUUCUCCUUUUCUACGAAAGAGCUCAAAGCAAAAGAUCCUCUCGGGCCUGUGCGAAAUCGUCUCGAAGAACUCGAUAUCAAAACAAUAAUUCCCUACGUCGAUAAGACCACGCACGUUGUACAAAAUAAAAGAAAUACUGCGAAGGGACUGCAGGCUUUAAUCAAUGCGAAGUAUAUCGUUAGCGAUUCCUACCUCGACGCGCUUGUUUACGCCGCCACCCCAGGUGACCUGGAGACUACGGAAUCCCUUUCACCAUUAGAAAUUGAUUUCGAUGCACACUGGCCGGAUGCUAAUCAGCACCUUCCUCCCGCUGGCAAAGAACCUGUACAGAGACCAGCCGAAGCCUUUGCUCCAAAUCCGGACCGAGUGCGAGUCUUCGAGGGCUAUACGUUCGUGUUUUGCGAUCCCAGCCAAUUCGAAAACCUAUCGCAACCAAUCAACAAUGGGCAUGGGAAAUCAUUGCUUUUCAACGUACAGAAUGGAGAGACCACUGCAGAAGAGCUGUUGCAAUUUAUACGGAGCACCGGAGGAGAGAAGGACUUCGACAACCAGGGGAAUGGCGAAGGCGGGGUUGUAUUGGUGAGGUUCAGAGCGAAAGGAUAUGAAGAUUGGUCUAUAGAAUUAGGCAAUCAGGUUGCUUUGAGGAUGGAUCAGCGUGUCAUCGAGCAAAGCGAGUUUCUCGAUGCGAUUCUUAAUGUUGAUGCCACAUCGCUAUGUCGUCCUUUGCCUCGUGAGGAGUCGUCUAGUGUCCUCGAACCCCCGAAAAGAGGGAAUGUUCGGCAACGCGUGGUGGACGAUAUUCCAGCCCCAGAAACCGAUGCCUCUCAAGAGCUUGCUACUCAACAGGAAGAUACUACGGUCGUAGAACAGACACAGACACAAAGCAAACGGGCCGCUCGAUCACAAAGCCGACCUUUCGUCAGUAGAAUGAAGAAGUUUGAUGACGGUUUUGACAUGGAAGCAGUGCCAGUUUACCACUUUGACCCAGUCGAUGUCACCGAGGAUACCUUUGAGCCUGUGCCAGACCAUGCAUCCAAACCGUCACAACAGCCGUCCGUGUCGUCAAUGAGAGUAGAAGAACGAGAGGAAGAUGAUGAUAUGGCCGGCCUUCUUCCAGGGGCAAGCGCAAUGAAGCGCCGGAGGGUGGAGAGUGGUUCUCACUCGUCCCGUGGCCAGGCAGUAAAGGAAGAAGCACCGAAACCGAAACGGCAGAAAGUGGAUGUUAUGGCCGAAGCUCGCCGCCAUCGUGAAGAAGAGGAAGCAGCUGCCCAAGAACGAAAACAAGAGGCCGAAAUCACCUUUCAAGAGGCCCUUGAAGGAAUGACCGUCGAGGAUAUGAAGAAACUUGUCAUUGUCGAGGAGUAUGAAGUUCCCAUACGCGAAAAAGAACCCGUAACAGUUGAUAAGACUGAUCGGUGGGAUGAGCGUUGGAAUGGUCGCAAGAAUUUCAAGAAGUUCCGGCGAAAAGGUGAUCCUUCCGUUGCUAGAUCUCGUAUUCAAGCGGUUAUUCUGCCCUUGGAUGAAGUCAGGCAUAAGGAUUACGGCGUUGGUGACCACUAUUGGGAGGAUAACGAGCGAGAAGACAGCCCAGAACCGAUUUUUAGUCGCACUAGUCAGCAACGGACCACUCAAAAGUCUUCUAGUCGCACAGGCAGUCAGGUUUCUAUGGCGAUCUCGGAGGAACCAGCCACUGGGUCCUCAGUCAAUCGUGCACGCUCUCAGGCCUCGCAUGUCUCAGCAACGCCCACAACACAACCAAGUCAACGCGUUGGCCAAAAGAGGACGAGGGAGCCUCGGCCCAUGAGCGACGACGAAGGCCACAGUGGCGACGAGGAACUUCGAUUCAAAUUCCGUAGGAGACGGAAGUAG